GAGACUUUUAAACAUCUAUCCUUUGUGCUUUACGCAGACCCUACCAUACACUAGAGGCUUCAAAGAGGUCAAAAAUUCACAUGUGUAGACAAAUUAGGUCCCCUAAGAUGCCAGGCAAAGGAAGUGCUACCAAAACACGCAAAAACUGCCCUGAAAGUGCGUUCUGGGAACCUGUAAACUUGGAUCAAGUUCGCUCCCCUCUCCUCAAAAUACAUCGACUUGUGCUGAAAGAAAUCACGACCGAUGCUCAUAAUUCUGACUUCGUAAUUAUAUAGGGGGUAGUUUUGGUUUCUGCUUCUUUCCCUGAUUCAGUGACAGGUAACAUAUUUCAUGUACAAAAUGAACUGCAAACAAGGGACAGGCAAACAAGGGACAGGCCCUCAAAGUUGUCGGUAGGGAGCCAGGACUCCGCCAGUGGCGUGGGGAGACACCAUGCUAAACAAGCUUGCAAACAGCAGGCACCUUCCUGCCACUGAGGAGGAAGGGCUGGCCAAGGGAGGUGGGGGCGGAGGAAGCCAAGCUCUGCAGGCCCAGACAAAGCCCUCCCGGCCUCCACGCGUCGCCAUGGCAACGCAGGGUCUGUGCCGGCCGGGAUUGGCCGGCCUGGCGCGCGCAGGGCCCGCUGGGAAAGCGCGUCCCCGCCGCGGCUCUGCCAGUUUGAACUUGGUGGGCCAGAUGUGGGCGGCGGGGCGCUGGGGGCCUACUUUUCCCUCUUCCUACGCCGGUUUCUCUGUCGACUGGAGACCCAGGUCUCGGCCCUCCUCAGGCUCCUUCUCCGUCCCUAUGACGGGCGCACGUGGGCAGGGGCUGGAGGUGGUGCGCUCGCCGUCGCCGCCGCUGCCGCUGAGCUGCAGCAAUUCCACCAGGUCGCUGUUGUCUCCCCUUGGCCACCAGAGCUUCCAGUUUGACGAGGACGACGGUGACGGGGAGGAUGAGGAAGACGUGGAUGAAGAUGCCCAUGAUUCAGAGGCCAAAGUGGCGAGCCUGAGAGGAAUGGAGUUACAGGGGUGCGCCAGCACUGAGGUUGAAUCAGAAGAUAACGAAGAAGAACAGAAACAGGUGCGCUUACCGGAAAGCCGCCUGACACCAUGGGAGGUGUGGUUUAUUGGCAAAGAAAAAGAAGAACGUGACCGGCUGCGACAGAAAGCUCUAGAGGAAUUAAAUCAACAACUAGAAAAAAGAAAAGAAAUGGAAGAACGUGAAAAAAGAAAGAUAAUUGCUGAAGAAAAGCACAAGGAAUGGGUUCAGAAAAAGGAUGAGCAAAAAAGAAAAGAAAGAGAACAAAAAAUUAAUAAAGAAAUGGAGGAAAAAGCAGCAAAGGAACUGGAGAAAGAAUACUUGCAAGAAAAAGCAAAAGAAAAAUAUCAAGAAUGGUUAAAGAAAAAAAAUGCUGAAGAAUGUGAGAGGAAGAAGAAAGAAAAGGAAAAAGAAAAACAACAGCAAGCUGAAAUACAGGAGAAAAAGGAAAUAGCAGAAAAAAAGUUUCAGGAAUGGUUGGAAAAUGCGAAACAUAAACCUCGUCCAGCUGCAAAGAGCUAUGGUUAUGCCAAUGGAAAACUUACAGGUUUUUACAGUGGAAAUUCCUAUCCAGAACCAGCCUUUUGUAAUCCAAUUCCAUGGAAACCAAUUCAUAUGCCACCUCCCAAAGAAACUAAGGUUCUAUCAGGAAGGAAGAGUAAAAGACCUGUGGUAAGUCAGCCACACAAAUCAUCAUCUCUGGUAAUUCAUAAAGCCAGAAGCAAUCUUUGCCUUGGAACUCUGUGCAGAAUCCAAAGAUAGCAUAUGUGGAAAAUAACAUGCUUUUAUCUGGAGGUAUUUAAUUUAAAAAUCAGAAAUUGUUUUUUACUGCUCAGUCAAUAACUCAACACUUAAUGUGAUUAUUGACAAAUAGCAAUUUUUGCAUUUGUAUAUGGAGUCCUUAGAGUUGAGGAAGAUAUUUUCUGGAUUUUGGUUUUUAUAAACUUUUCAAGGUUGAUCUUGGCAUGUUGUUUUGUAGAAUAAGUGGCUGAAUAUGUAAGAAUUGUGUUUGUAUUUAGCUUGCAUUAAAAGUACACUGUAAUACCAAUAAAACUAACAAUUUUUCUUGUA